GUACAGGCAAGUGUUUCUGGACGGAGUACUUAGUGGCUGGUACACUUCAAGACCAGCUAGUAUGCUAGCUUAGCCUUUGCCAACCUGUCUGUCUUACCAUUUUAUUGUCGUAUUCAGCGCUUGUUUUUCCUUCAACCAUUAGGGCUCGUGAUGGACAACAGUCAGCAGUCCAAAGAAAGCACGGAGAGGUCCGACCUGGUUUCUGAGGACGGCAAGAACAGCAAGUCUGUUCUGUGUCAGCGCUGCGGGUCCAAGGUGCUGUGUCCGGGGAUGGCUGUGUUUGCAGAGAAAGAGCUGUUCCUACCCGCCAUGCGGAAAAAGAGCGGCGUCAGCAGCACAGAGGGCUCAGUGGACGGGGACACUCUGACUGCCCACUGGUUAGUGGACGACAUGUACACUUUUGAGAAUGUGGGCUUCACUAACGACGUGGGGAGAAUCAAGUAUCUUAUCUGUGCGGAUUGCGAGAUUGGACCAAUCGGCUGGCACUGUUUGGAUGACAAGAAAAGUUUCUACGUCGCUGUGGAGAGGGUGAAUCAUGCAUAGUGUAACUUCAUAUGAGGGCCCACAAGAACUUUAAAAAAUGUGUUGGCAGGCUAUGCAUCUUUUCAUGGAUUUACUCCAGAGUUGACCCCCAGCCUACCUAAUAUAUCACACACACACACACACACACACACACACACACACACACUGUACAUACAGAUCUGGUUGUUGAUGUGUACAGACUUAUUCAUGAUAACAGUGCAAUGUCUAUAUCAAUCACCUGGAGCACACUGACCAUUUUGUUCUAAUAAAAUUGUUUUUUGGGACGUAGUCAGAUGCCAUCCUGCAGCUGUUUCUUGAGUAAUGUGAUGCUAGUUCUCUUCAUCUCAGUGUCUUUUAACCCACAAAAAAAUCACUCCCAUUCAGACUUUUAUGAUGGACCUGUAUAUAUUAUAUGUACAAUUUCUCUACAAGAGUUAGUGCUCCAUAGUGUAUGAUGAUGUAUGUUGAGUGCUGAAACAUUUAGUCAAUACGCAGUAAAUUAGUCAGACUUUUGAUAACUGAUUCAUCCUUUAAGUUGAUUAUAAAGCAAACACUUUUAUUAGUUCCAGCCUCUCAAAUAAUGAUGGUUUGUUGCUUUUUUGUUAUUUCAUAUCAUUGUAAAUUGUUGUCUAACACAACAAAUAAUUUGAAAAUGGCUCAUGCAUGGCAAUGAUUUCACUUUUUCUUUUAAAUUUUAUAAGUUAAUUGAUUACUUGAAUUAUUUUAUAGAUUAUUCAAGUCUGGAAAUAAUCAUUUGUCACUCAUUGUCACAAAAGUAUCAAGUCCUUGUUUGUGUGUGUUUGACCCAAAAAUACAGGGACCGGAUCCCAUGUUGUAAUUUACAAUGAGUGUCAUUGCCUGACAUUCAGCUUACUUCAUUUCUUUUUAAUGAAAGGGCUACAAGAGGAAUUUACCCUGUAAACAUUGUCAGUUAUAAAAUUGUUAUUAAAGCUUAUGCAUGGUUUCACAA